GCAGCCGCCUACAGGCCCCGCGCCGCCUCCGGAGUCCAUGGCCGGGACGCGCUGGGUGCUCGGGGCGCUGCUCCGGGGCUGCGGCUGUAACUGCAGCAGCUGCCGGCGCACCGGCGCCGCCUGCCUGCCCUUCUAUUCGGCCGCCGGCUCCUUCCCUUCGGGCGUCUCGGGCCGCCGCCGCCUGCUGCUGUUGCUCGGGGCCGCCGCGGCCGCCGCCUCUCAGACGCGGGGCCUCCAGACCGGGCCUGCGUCCGCCGGGAGGCUGGCGGGGCCUCCCCCUGCGGCCACGUCCGCCGCCGCCGCGGCUGCUGCCUCUUACCCGGCCCUGCGCGCCCCUCUGCUGCCGCAGUCGCUGGCGGCGGCCGCGGGCCCAGCGCGGGGCUACAGUCAGGAAUCUAAAACUACCUACCUGGAAGACCUUCCACCUCUCCCUGAGUAUGAAUUGCCUCCAUCCAAGUUAGGAGAGGAAGUGGAUGAUGUUUAUCUCAUUCGAGCUCAAGGAUUACCAUGGUCGUGCACUGUUGAAGAUGUGCUUAGCUUUUUUUCAGACUGCAGAAUCCGCAAUGGUGAGAAUGGAAUACACUUCCUCUUAAAUAGAGAUGGGAAACGAAGGGGUGAUGCUUUAAUUGAAAUGGAGUCAGAGCAGGAUGUGCAGAAAGCCUUAGAAAAGCAUCGCUUGUACAUGGGACAGCGGUAUGUGGAAGUAUAUGAGAUAAACAAUGAAGAUGUGGAUGCCUUAAUGAAGAGCUUGCAGGUCAAAUCUUCACCUGUGGUAAAUGAUGGUGUGGUUCGCUUGAGAGGACUUCCUUACAGUUGCAAUGAGAAAGACAUUGUAGACUUCUUUGCAGGACUGAAUAUAGUAGACAUUACUUUUGUGAUGGACUACAGAGGGAGAAGAAAGACAGGAGAAGCCUAUGUGCAGUUUGAAGAACCAGAAAUGGCCAACCAAGCCCUAUUGAAACACAGGGAAGAAAUUGGUAACCGAUAUAUAGAGAUAUUUCCAAGCAGAAGGAAUGAAGUUCGAACACAUGUUGGUUCUCAUAAGGGAAAGAAAAUGGCAUCUCCUACUGCUAAGUAUAUAACUGAGCCAGAAGUGGUCUUUGAAGAACAUGAGGUAAAUGAGGAUAAUCGACCAAUGACAGCUUUUGACAGUGAGAAGGAAAUAGAAUUGCCUAAGGAGAUGUCGGAAAAGCUUCCAGAGCCUGUUGAUUUUGGAACUACAUCUUCACUACAUUUUGUUCACAUGAGAGGAUUGCCUUUCCAAGCCAAUGCCCAGGACAUUAUAAACUUUUUUGCUCCACUGAAGCCUGUUAGAAUCACCAUGGAAUACAGUUCCAGUGGGAAGGCCACUGGAGAAGCUGAUGUGCACUUCGAUACCCAUGAGGAUGCUGUUGCAGCUAUGCUCAAGGACCGGUCCCACGUUCACCAUAGGUAUAUUGAAUUGUUCCUGAAUUCAUGUCCAAAGGGAAAAUAGGACUUCCAAGGACUCCAGAUAAUAAGGAUGAAGCAAGAAGCAUUUCAUUUGCACAUCUUUCUUGGAUAUGGGAUGUAAGAUUCCAGUGUUUUAGCAGCAACCAUUAGAGAAAGGAUUUUGGGAUUUGGGGUUAAUUGCUUAUAAGAAAAAUUCCAUAGUGGACUGUUUAGAAAGAAAAGGAAAGAUUCAGUUUGGGAUUAAAUAAACCACAAAUUUAAAUUUUGUUUCAACUGUCCAGGAUAGGAUCUGACUUAAAAAUCUGGUCUUUAUUUUAUGAUUAAAUAAUUUGUUUUCAUAGAGGAUAUAUUACCCAAUGUAAACACUGCAUAUUUUUAUUCAGCCUUGUCCUUUAAAAUCUUCCUCCCAUUUUAAAAAUUGUUUGUUUGAGAGCUCUGAUAGAAAACUUCCUAUGGAAUAAAAUACUGAUUUGUUUUAAUCAAAUACUCACCAAAGCAAAGAAAGGUUUCAGACUUUUGAAUCAUUAUGGUUUGGCAGAGUAGUUAUAAUUUUAGUUAUAAUUGAUCACUUAGGGGUAGGAAUUAAAAAAAAUCUAAAACAAAAAAAUAAAUACCACUGGUUAAUGAGUAUAAUGGACAACUGUUUGGCAGUUUCAUAUCUUUAGAAAUGUUUUGCCUGUGCUACUGUAUACUUUAGGAGGGAAUUCUAGUCUCAACUUAAAAGUUGUCUGAACACAUCCUCACCCCCCACCCCUUUUUUUGGUUUUGGGUAAACAUUAGGGGUGUUAGUCUCAAAACUGUGAAGUGACAUGUCAGACAGUCCCUACUGAUAAGGACAUUAGUGGCUUCACUUGAAUUUAAACCAGCUCUAGAUAGGAAAAAAAAUCUAAGUCUCCUCAUUUGCUUUUUCAGUGGGGUAGCACAUCCCAUAUUUUAGAACAAGUAGGGGUGCCUUGCUUAAAUAAAAAUAGCAUUUAAUGUAUAAUUGUGUGAAGGGUUUAUGGAUAAAGCUGUACUUCUGUCACAUUGUGGCAGUACCUUCUGCUUUAAUAUUAAACAGCUUGUUAUUUAAAUAUUGGAUCAAAAUGGCUGGCUUUAAAAUGUAGUUGUUAAUAAACUAAUUUUAUGUGCACCUGUGUAGGAGAAUCAAAGUCCUGUAUACUUUCUUUGCCUUGUUCCUAUUCUCAGGGUAACUACUGCUCUGUAGUUACCAGGAAAUGCAAUUAUAGAUCUUAAAAUCAAUUUAGCCCAGAUUUCUGAGAGGUGAUAUCUGGAGAAGAGAUUAUGCCUUCUCUCACUCAACACAUAACCAUCUUUGAUUACCAGCUAAGAUACAAAAUCACUGUACUGUAAAUAGUUAAUAAAUGAAGGCUUGGUUCAGGCUGCAGAUUACCUAAGAGUAUUUAUUUUGGAGUGUGUGGAUAAACCAAAUAUAUUUUUAUUACAUGAAGUCCUGGUAUGUUGUUAUAAGGGGAAAUGAUUAAUCUUCAGUUGUUUGUCAUCCUAUAAGAACAUGACUUAAUCAACCAGCGUAACAGCUUCAGUAUUAUUGCUAAGAUGGACAUGUGGUUUCAUAUAUGUGUACUGAGCUGUGGGAACUGGUGUCUGUAUCUGUAUGAUCUAUUAGAAUGUGAUCUUUUCUCUCUUCCUGUGGCAGUGUGUGUCUUGUUUGCUGUGAAAAAGUCGGUAGGGUCUUUUGGGAUUCAGGUUGGUGAGGAAUUAAUUCAUUUGCAGUUACUUUAUUUUAAAGCUAGUGAGUUUCAUUUGCAUUCUCUGGGAAAAGAAUGAGAGUAAGAACCUUACAGUGUUGUGUGGUCGGUAAGCUUGAAAAGGGUCUACUCACCACAUUAGUGGCUGAGUUACCAGUAAAAAAAGGUGGCCAUUCUUGGGAAGUCAACUUACGAGUUUAUAUGCUUUUCUGUACUCCCUUUAGCAAGUUAUUGCUCAUAAUUUAGGCUACUAAAUGAAUGAUUGCAGACAAGGCAAGUGUAAAAAGAAUAAAAUAGAAUAAAUAGAAUAAACAUAAUAGAAUAAAAGUGAUGUUUUAUUUCUAGCCAAUCAAAAGACAUAUUUCUCUUAACACCAAAUUUGACAAAACCGGGUUGUAUAUCAUCAUUUAUUAUUGAAAUAAGUAAUGACAGUGAUUUUUCUCUUCUGUUUGUGUCUUUGUAAUCUCCUUUGUGGUAAAGCUAUCAAAAAUAGCAGGAUUGAUAUGGCCAGGUUUACCCAUAUCCUGCGUUACCUAACUACUUCUCAAGGAGUUGCAAGGGAGGACUCUGAUAACUAACAUGUAGAUACCAAAGAGGAAAUGACAAAGAUUGUGAUCUGAUCUGAUAUACUCACUGAUGACAGAGAAUGAAGCAGAAACAGUAUUUGUCCCUCUGUGCCUGGGUGAAGGAGGCUUCUGCCAGUUUGAAAGGGAGGUUGAGUCUUCUGUGGAGUGGAAGUCUCUUAAAUCCUCAGUACAUCUGCAGUAUGGGGGGGGGGGGGGGCAGGAGAAAGCCACUUCUACCUACAUGACAUUUUGAGGCAAGUACCCUGCUUAUUAUUAGUCAACAUGCCCUAUUGGCAUCCUCUGCCCUAAACUGCCCCUCAGCAGAUUCUCUUUUGGGGAUUUUUCUCUGGGUUACAUUUUUGCAUUUUACAAUUUAAAACAUCCCAUUGUUUUCAGAGUUUCCCCUAAAUUAAGUCAAAGGGUUUACAUCCAGUUGGUAGGACCUGUAUUAUAGAACAGAAUGGUAUUAUUUCAGCAGUAGAGGCAGCCCUAAACCUAAGUUCUGGGACUUUAAAAAAUUGCUCUAAUGUGGUAGGAAUGGAGUUUUCCCCUGAUUCAGCAGAUUAGAAGAUAAUCUCUGAAGUUUGUAUGAAGGGAAUAAAGCUGCUAUAAAGCUGCUAUUUGUGUGUAGGAUUUUAUGUGUAUAUAUUUCAACUCAUUUGGGUAAAUACCGAGGAGUGGGGUUGCUGGAUCAUAUGGUAAGACUAUGUUUAGUUUUUACAAGAAGCUGUUAAACUAUCUUCCAAGGCGGCUGUACCAUUUUGCAUCCUCACCAGCAAUGAGGGGGAGUUCCGGUAGCAACUCAUCCUUGUCAGCAUUUGGUGUUUUGAAUUUUAGCUAUUCUAAUAAGUGAGUAGCGGUAUCUCGUUUUAAUUUGUAAUUCCAUAAGAUGUGGAGCAUCUUUUUAUAUCUUUGAAUCGGCAUAUUGUCUUUAGUGAAGUGUGUGUUCAGAUCUUUUGCCCAGUUUUUUAGUUGGGUGGUUUCCUUAAUUUUAGAAAGGGGAUAUAAAUAAGAAGGUUUUAUUUGGUUCUUAAGCCUUGAUGAUAUGAAAAUAAACAGUGGGAUAAUUUUUUAAAUUGUUAAAUUUUAUUUUUGAAGGAAAUAAUAUUCUAGAGAUAUGAAGGGGUAUAUAGUUUCCCUCCCAUUCUGUACUUCAGCCACUUACUUUAGGCAACCCUGUUAUCACUUUCUAAUGUGAACUUCCAGUGAUAUUUACUGUAUAGGUAAGCAAAUAAUAAUAAUAAACAUUUUCAUUUCUUUUUAAAAUAUAUAGCAUACUAUACAUCCUAUUCUGUACCCUUCUCCCAUUUAAUACAUCCUAAAUUCAUUCGAUAUCAGUGUACAAAGUCUUGCCUCUUUUUUUUUUUUU